GCUGUAUUCCAAAGCCAUGCUGCUACCCUAUGUUUCCUAAAUUAUUUAAUGUAACUUGGCCCUGUGUUAGAAAUGUUGCAGAUUGAGAGCUUGCACAUUUUGUAAAAUGAACUUGACAAGUAUAAACAUGUUUUCUGGUGUGUAUGUGUUCAUCAGGUGUUUAAAACAUUAAUUUAAAUUGUGUUCUUCCAUGCAGCUGUUUUUUUUAUUUUUAUGUGAUACUUUGACAUGACACUUAAAAGUUUGAAUGACCACAAUGUGUUGACAUGGUAAGAAGAAAAAACACAGGGCCACAAUUUAGGAAACAUUGGGUAGCAGCAUGGCUUUGGAAUACAGCAUGUUUAAUUAGUGUUAGCUCAGAUAGGCAAUGUUGUGUAUUGAAACUUGGCCUGUUUUUGAUAUCAGUACUUUUAAUGGCAGGCCUAGAUUUAGCAAGUCUUAAUGACUAGACCACUUAAUAGUGCUUUGUGUGUGUGUGUGAGUAACUUGACAUUUUUGUACGUUGAAAACGUGUUUUUUUUUUUUCCAGAUGUAACAACCACUAUAGGAAGCAAUGGAUUUCUAGAGCAUUGACUAAGAAUUUUGGGGAAAAAAAGACAAACCUACUCUUCAAAGGGUUAAAGGAGAAUUCUACAUGAGGAUUUCGCUCAUAAUUGUUACCUGAAUUUAAGCGCACGUAACACGUUUUGAUUUCCUAAUUUAUUUUUAUACUUCAUUUGAAAAUGCAUUUUGGGGAAAGCGUAAGCACGAUUGAUAUGCUAUUCCUGCAACUUUGUUUAAAUAGUCUACGAGUGUUAUAUAAAGUGUUUUGCAGUUGUUACGGCAAAUUUUCCGUGGGUGUCCUUCCUGGAAAGUUGUCAACAACAACACUCGAUGGAGCCUUAGGUGUGGCCGUAGGCUACCCUUUGGACACAGUCAAGGUGAGGAUACAGACCCAGCAGAAGUUCACUGGGGUUUGGCAUUGUUUUCGCUCCACCUGUAAGACUGAAGGGGUAUAUGGGUUCUUCAAAGGCAUGUCAGUGCCCUUGACCACGGUGUCUAUCACCUCCUCUGUGGUCUUUGGAACCUACAGGAACUGCUUGCAGUGUUUACUGCAACUGCACUCUGGUAGCCCAGAGGCCAUGCCAACCAAGCUGGACAUCUUCCUAUCAGGGCUCGCAGGAGGCGUAACCCAGGUGUUGGUCAUGUCUCCAAUGGACACUGUUAAAGUGCGGCUGCAGUGCCAGAUGGAGCCACGCCAACUUUCAGCCAACCAAACCCUACCCAAAUACCGGGGACCUAUACACUGCAUGCUGACCAUUGGCCAAGAGGAGGGGGUGUUGAGCCUGUACAGGGGCGCCCCUGCCCUCGCCCUACGAGAUGGCCCCUCCUUUGCCACCUACUUCCUGACCUACAGCACCCUGUGUGAGUGGCUCACACCAGCCGACCAGAAACAACCAGCGUGGCCUGUGGUUAUGCUGGCUGGAGGAUUGGCUGGGAUCUUUGGCUGGACUGUUGGGACACCCAUGGAUGUGAUCAAGGCUCGCCUGCAGGUGGACGGGAUGGGGAAAAGGAGGUAUAACGGCUUCCUGCACUGCAUUGCUGAGAGCGUUCGCCAAGAGGGACCUGGUGUCUUUUUCAAGGGUUUGGGACUUAAUUGCAUGCGUGCCUUCCCAGUCAACAUGGUAGUAUUUAUCACGUACGAGCAAGUGGCGAGCCUACUCAGGACGCUGCCCUAGGCCACCAAUGGCUUCCCCUCACCGUUGGCCCACGAUUUUGGAAACUUUGGAGACUGUCAGACCUGGAAUAAAUGCCUGCCUUCAGUGAAGUUUCUGGUUAAUGUGAGGUAUGGAACACUUGGGCUUGUACAACUACUUUUGUCUGUUUAAAACAUAUUGACAGAAUCACAGUAUAUGCAGAUUUGUUUCCAGAUGAUGGUGCUUAAUUUUAGCACUCCUCUGCAUCACACCCCUGUACGACAGUUGCUUAAUAGAAACUGCAGGAGUUCACAUGUCUCUAAAAAUGGCUCAGAUGCUCCUUGGUUGUUCUGUAGUCCUGUCACGUGGUAUAUCAUGCUAAUAAAGCAUGACAAAGGGGCAACAUAUUAAUCUUACUAAGCUUUUCGUAGUAAGAUGAAUAUCUACACCAAGACAGGUAGUUGUUUAAUUGCUGCAAAUGUAGCAUGCACCGUAUGAAUCAUACUGUACAUGCUCCAAAGACAGGAGAGUAAAACUGAGGAGAACUUGUCUGCAAGUUCAGGUCUUCAAAUGACAACCAGAUAAUAAACUUAUAAACUCAUGAAUUCAAUCAAGAGCUUAAUCGUUAUUGUGCAAAUUGAAAUUUGUUCAUAUGAGACACCUGGGUCUUAUGUUCCAUCAUAACCCAUAGAGUAAUCAAUGGUGAGCCACUAGAACUUAGCUACACCACACUACAGCUCUUGAUACUGCCUUUUAGUUCUACAUUUUUCGCUUCGCAUAACUGACCCGUAACUGUAUCAGUGUACUGCAAACUGAAGCCCAUGGUAGCCCUUUUUUUAAAACGGGAAAUACAAUCUGUUUGGACAUGCACUCAAUGAACCAAGACCUGGGAUCAUCUGA